UCGAAGCAGGAACGAAUUUCCGAGGUUGCUUUUUGGACGGUUACGCCGUGAAUACCCAAACAACAGGAUGAGGACUCGCACAGUGUGCCUGCUGGCGGUUUUCGUGCUCGUGGCUGUGGCGGCAUCCCGGGCGCAGGUCAACUUCACGCCGUGGUGGGGCAAAAGGGCCCUUGGCAGCGCCAGCUCCCACGACUGCGUCAGCUCCUCGCCCGAGGCACUCCUCAGCAUCUUAAGCGCCGCGCAGGCUGAGGUGCAGAAGCUUGUUGACUGCCAUAUUCUCACAUCACAGGCGAACUCAUGAAUGCGUCCAGUCUCUUCUGGCAACCGAACGUAUUUAGAAAGGAAGCUCUCUUCACAUACGUCAAAAAUGUCCCACGUUUUCUUUAUAUUUUGAUUAUUAUUCUGUGUGAAAUAAUGGAAUAUUGAAAUACUGUAAUAAAUCGACGGAGAAACAAUAUUUUUCAACUUCUGCUCUCACUUACACUUAUCCAUAGUUUCUAUUAUG